GCCGUUGAUAUAUAUUGGGAGAAAAUAGAAAAAUUAGUACUAGUAUAGCAGUAUCAGAAUUGGUAAGCGUAUUAUCAAAUUCUCUCAAACUUUCUUCUUCUUCUCUCAUAUGAUUUUGACGACGCUGCUUGUAGCUGCAAAAGUGGUGUUUAAUUUUUUUAAAAAAGAUGGAAUUUGGAGCAAAAGGACAGAAGAAGCCAAAACCCAUUGAUGUCUUCAAGAAUGUCAAGGGCAGAUAUACUGGUCUUAUUAAAGCUCUCACAACAGAUGUGGAUGAAUUUUAUAAGCAGUGUGAUCCUGAAAAGGAGAACUUAAGCUUGUAUGGACUCCCAAAUGAGCGAUGGGAGGUCAAUCUGCCUGCUGAAGAUUCACCACCAGGCCUUCCAGAGCCUGUUCUUGGUAUCAACUUUGCUAGAGAGGGAAUGGAACAAAAGGAGUGGCUUUCUUUUGUUGCCUAUCACAGUGAUUCUUGGUUGCUUGCUAUUGCCUUCUACGCUGGUGCUAGAUGUGGAUUUGGUAAAGCCGAGAGGAAGAAGCUCUUUGACAUGAUAAAUGAUUUACCUUCAAUACAUGAAGUAGUGAUUGGUGUUCCAAAGACGCAACAAAAAGAAAAACCUACAGUCCCUAAUCAAAGUAAAAACAAAUCCAAGCCAAACGCCAGUAAGAGGGCAGUGGAGCCUCAGGAUAUGUUUACGAAGAUGCAGCAAAAAUAUGAAGAAGAAGAAGAUGAUGAUGAUGAUGAUGAAGCAGGAGAAGAAGAUGAGGAUGAAUGGGGUAUUGAGAUGGAUGUUGAAGAGGAGGAAGGUGAGACUCUGUGCGGCAUAUGUGAGGGGAAGUAUGCGAAGGAUGAAUUUUGGAUAUGUUGCGAUCAUUGUGAAACAUGGUUCCACGGCCAGUGUGUUAAGAUCACCGCUGCCACAGCUGAGUACAUGAAGCAAUACAAGUGCCCGCCUUGCAGCAGCAAAAGAGCCCGAACUCACUUUACAGAAUACUGAUCAACAACAGUUCUCUUGCUGCUAACUGUCUAUUCAUGAUGUUUUGCUAAAAUGUCUCAAGUAUGAAACUGAAGUUAGACUUUGUUAAGACUAACUUCAGUCGUCACGUCUAAAGUUGUCCCGAAUUGAGUAAAUGUACCAAAAUUUUAUAAAUUUAGGACAUAACUUAAACAGUGACACCAAAAUUGUGUCUAUGUGUACUCCCUAACCCCACCCAAUUUUAAACGUAUUUAUUUUUUAAACCACUUGUCUCGC